AUGCCCCUCCCCCCCGCAGACACACCCCAAGAGAGCCCAGCCCCCAGCCACCCUUCCCCCCGACACUCAAGCCCCGCCCUCCCCGUCCGGCCCCCUCCUGCACAGCCACCAGCAGCCAGCCCCCCUCCGACACACCCCCGUCCUUCCCGACGAACCUGCGCCCCUCCCCCACUAUGCACUUGCCCUUCCUCGCGGCCGGAGGACACGCCCCCGCCCUCGCUCUGGGAUCCCUCCGCCUCCUCCCGGCCCGGCCCGCCCCCUCUCCCGGUGGAGGGGGCGCCGGCGGCCCCGCGCCUCCUCCGGCCCCUCCCUCCCCCUCCCCUCCUCUCCCCUCCCUUCCCCUGCGGGGGGAGGGCGCUCCCCGCUCCCCGGAGCGCGGGGCCCGCCCCCUGCCCGCGCAUGCCUAGUGCUUCCUUGGGAGGAGGGGGCUGGUCCCUCUGCCCUGCGCCCGGGAGCGGCGGGGCGGGCGCGGAGCUCUCUCCUGGGAGAUACUUUGGUUCGGGAGCUGCCUGCGGCUUCCUUUCAACCCGACGGGGCGCCGCUGCCUUAAUGGGAGGAGCACCCAGAAGGGGGAGAAAGGGACCCGCCGGUCCCCAAGUGUUGGUUUGGGAACUUGGAACUGCCCCGAGUGGCAUAGCCCAUCCCCCUUUCGCUUACGGGGUCGCCCAGACCCACAUGCAACCUCCCCCCUACCCCUUACCCCCCACCCCUUCCAUACACACACACACACACACACACACACACACAUAUACCGACCGCUUGAAUGCCUCUACAGCCUAUUUUGGUUUCCAGAAACCUCUCUUAAAAUCCUCCUACCUGGGGAUUGGGGGUAGGGUCUCUUUCUGGAAACUCACCAGGAGACAAAAGGGGCUGCCUACCUACCAAGGAAACUCAGAACCAGGACACAUACCGAGCUGUUUGGGGGCAGGGUCCCCUCCUGCUCCCCUCCUCCCCCCGGCAGUGCCCUGUCACCCCAGGGCGCACCCCCAACCUGGGCUCCUCCUCAAGCCCACAGCCCCAUCCUGUCACCCAAGCACCUCUGUGCCCACAGCGAUCGCAUUUGGUGGGAGAAACGGAGGCACGAAGCUGCUAGGGGCUAGACUGAGGCAUGAUAGCGGAUGGAGUGGCAAGAAGAGCCUCGCCUGUAAGCAGCGGACUUGA